GCUUUAAAAGUAUUUUCCAUUAUUUAAACAUUUUCUUACAUGUUGUAUCACAAAAAUAUGAAGACCGCAUUGAUUACCUUUUUUACUUUUACUCUGGUUAUUGCCAUAGAAAAUAAAUCAUCAAGAUCUUCUGACAUUGAUUCCUUGUUUGAUGAAAAUAAAUCAUUAAGAUCUUCUGACAAUGACUCAUUGUUUGGUGAAAUAUGGUUUAAUGAUGAUUUAGAUGGAAUGUGUGUUCAUUGUCUCCAAAAAAAGGCAUCAACGAUAUUUCAAACUUGUAAACAUAUUAUCUGUAAGAGCUGUUUCCGAGAUUAUGACCUAAAACAAUUAACAAAUUGUAAAAUAUGUCAAGAAAAUAUUGAAAAAUUUAGAAGAAUUGAAAAACUUCCAGUGAAUUAUUUUGAAGCCAACGAGAAUAUGGACUUGAUAAAUCAAGAAGUUGGGAAAAAAACAUCAAUAAAGGAAGAGUAAAUGAUGAAAAGGAAAAUAAAACGAUGGUAAAACAAAAGCCAAUAAUAAUGAAGAAUAAAAUUUUUAACAAAUAUUUUUCUGAAAAUAUACUUAAGUUUUAUCUAAUAAGAUUAAUAAUUAUAUUCAAAUAAUUUAAAUUUAUUGUAAAAAUUAUUUGUUUAACUAUUUUUAAAAUUUAGUGUAUUUUUGUGAAGUCAAAAAGAAAAUUAAU